AUGCAACCCAUAACCCUCUACUUCCACGGCUCUAGUCCAAAUCCCUGGAAAGUAGCUAUGAUCCUCGAAGAGCUGAACCUCCCUUAUAUCAAAAAGGACGUCUCCUUCACCGAGAUUAAAAAAGAACCUUACGUGCUCAUAAACCCUAACGGCCGGCUUCCGGCAAUCCAAGACCCUAACACGGAUCUGACACUUUGGGAAUCUGGCGCAAUCAUUGAAUACCUCGUUGAAACCUAUGAUACGAAUCACAAAAUUAGUUUUGAGAGGGGCAGUGAGGCGUACUUCCACGUGAAACAGUUCCUGCAUUUCCAAGUGAGCGGGCAGGGACCAUACUUCGGGCAGGCGCUCUGGUUUCUCUACCAGCAUCCGGAGAAAGUUGUUUCAGCGCAGGAGCGGUAUAUCAAUCAGGUGAAGCGCGUAACAGAGGUAUUGGACAGUGUCCUCGAAGGGAAGGAGUAUCUUGUUAGCGAGAGGUUUAGUUAUGUUGACGCGGCGUUUGUACCUUGGUACGAGCCUGUUCCCUCUGUUUCAGGGAAUGCCAUUGAUCUUGAGGAACUCUUUCCAAAUGUGAGGAGCUGGUUGGAGAGGGUUCGCAGGAGGCCGGCGAUUGCGAAAAUUUUGGGAGAGAGGGAUAAGGCUUUGGCUGCUGAGGCUGCGGAGAAGAAAUAG